GAAAUUCAAUAUUCGAAUUCGAAUAUUAUUAUUUUUUAAAUAUAAACGAUGUCGUAUCUAGAUUAUUUACUAAACAAAAAUACAGCAAAAGUCGGCACGAAUAUUGCUGGAAUUUGUAAUAACUUUUGUCCACAAGAAGAAAGCGCUCUACGAAAACGCGAAAAAUUAGUACAUAUCUUGGAAGUUGUUGGAAAUGAACAUAAAUUAAUUAAAUCAUACAGUAGAUCUGCUGCAGACUCCAAUAUGGCUGUGCCAAAGCUGUUACGGCCUUAUCAUGUAUUAAGAAAAGUUGUACAAUAUUUAUUAUUUGAAGUAGCAAAGCGAUCAGAUGUGCCAUUAACAGUUAAGUAUGAUUUCCUCAAUGAUCGGCUGAGAGCUGUGCGACAAGACAUGACCAUACAACGCUUACCUCCUGAACAGUGUAUGGAAUUAUUGGAACCUAUUAUAAGGUUUCAUGUUUUCUUUGCUUUAAGAUUAAGAGACAAAUCAUUGAAUGAAUUUGAUCCAGUGUUGAACAACAAAUACCUCCUUGAAUGCAUGAAGUGGUUUUUGAGUUGCUGCGAUGAAACAGACAGACAGAAUAAAAGUUUUAAUAUAGAUAAUACAUUUGGUCUCGAAGCUUUGUCUUUUAAUGGGAAAAAUAUGUGUAAUAGAGAACUAAUAGAAAGUUUAUAUUUAUUGUGCAAUUUGGAUGAUUUGCAGCCAAUGUUACGGUAUUUAAACUUACCGCAGUAUUUAAAAAGAAAACCACAACUAAGAUUGUCCUAUGAAAUAGCAGUCGCUAAUCUAAACAGGAAUUACAUUAGAAUGUGUAGACUAUCGCAGAAAUUAUGUACUUUAACCAGUUGUGCCUUUUACUUAUAUCUACCCACAUUGCAGAGACGGAGUCUUCAAGUCCUCAGCACAGCUUACAACAGUAAAUCACUGACAGUUCCAACAACAGUGUUACAACAGUGGUUGUUGUUCAACAGUGUUGACGAAGUAAUAGAUUGUUGUAAACAUUAUGGACUUACCGUAGGUGACGGGGUUUGCUUUAACAAGGCUGCGUUUAAAAAUGAUGUAAAUGUUUUUCCACCAAAAUGCAGUUCCAAAAUAUUAGAUAUGGAUUUCGAAGGCAUUCUUAAUGUGGAAGCGUGAUAAACAUGUUUUAUCACGCGGAUUACUACAAAAAUAUUACCAAAAAUAACCUCUUGAAUAAUUAAGUUGAAUCUACGACCUCGCUCGGGUGCUUAAGUUUCUACAUCAUAGACCAUAGUUAUUAUUUUUAUUAUAUAUAUACUUAUAUUUAUCAGAAUCGUUAAUUAAGUUAAAUUUCUUGUAUUUUUACUCAUAAUUUGUUACAAUAAUUAAGUUUCCAAGAUCUCAUUGUGAAUAAUUAUUUUUUCUUAUUUGUAUGUGUGUGCCAGAAUUGAAUCAUGUUAUUCUAAAUAUUUUGUUGUUUGAAAUAAAACAUUUAUUUACCAA